UUCUCCUCUCCCCCACAAAUGACGUUCUGCAUUACCAUUUCUUAUUUCAACUGUUUGGGCCUUCGGGCUAAUGGGUUCCAUCGAUACGGGUCUGCUAAUGUUUAUUUUCUGUCUAACACUGGGUCUAACCCAUAAUAUACUCUGGCCCAGGCCUGUAAUAUUUUUCUUUUCUUUUUGCAUUUUUAAUAUGAAAGCAGUUUACAAAAAAAAAAAAAUCAAUGUAAAAAUAUUAAACAAAUCUUAUUUCAUUUUAUAGUAUAUUUGUGGUUGAUUAAUGAUAAGUGUGUUGAUAUUUUCUUAUAUAUACAGAUAAAUCAAAGUUAAAUACUACAUGUUAUUUUUUUUUAUAUUAUAAAUACUUAUAUUUUAGUUUUAUUAAUAAGCAAAAAAUAUUCACAUGCAUAGCAUGGACUCAAUACUAGUAGUCAAUAAUAUGCGAUACACAGUUAAUGUGUUUUGAUAAUAGUUCUCCACCUUUCAAAAAGUAUUUUAAUAGAUCUUUCUAGUGGAAACACCGUAAUAUAGUAGUGGUUAAGGUUUAAAGGCUUCUACACACAAGUCUGGAGUUUGAACCUGCUACAGAAGAAAGGUUUAUAAGGAAUCUUUAACAUAGUGCAAAUAAAUCUGGUCAGAAAUGGAUCUUCAUAGGACGGCUCAGAUGAUGCAGUUAGGCGUAGAUCUUCAUAAGACAUGUAGUAUUGUCGGUUGUCGAAUCGUCUAUGUAAUCUUUCUCAUAAAUGUAAUGUCAUAACAAAUCAGCGUUAUAAAAAAAAUAGAUCUUUCUAACUUUUUUUGGUAUUAAUUUUCGUAAAAUCUAUAAUUGUAUAGAUCAUCAUCAAUUAUGUCUGAAUGCAUAUCAUAUUUUUUUUAAAAAUUCAUAUUCAAACAUGAUGCCUUUAAACUUUAAAGUGUCAUAACUAAAGAUAUAGAUCAAAUAUUAUUUUAACUAAUUUUUUAUUAUUAUUUUUAUGUAUAACUAUUAAUAAAAAAUGAAGUUAAUAUAUGUCUUCUUAAAUCGGAGGCCAGGCGUGGAUCUUCAUAGGACAGCUCAGGUGAUGCAGUUAGGCGUAGGUCUUCAUAAGGUAGGUAGUAUUGUCGGUUAUCGAAUCGUCUAUGUAAUCUUUCUCAUAUCGUAAUUGUAAGAUCUUAAUAAAUCAGCGUCAAAAAAAAAAUCGGAGGCCAAAAUCAACGGUUUGGGUGGUUGGUUUAUCCUCUGGGGCCCGACUAUGCCUCUGAGGCUACUGUUCUUUCUCUUGUUACAGUGUUACCGACGUUUGGGUGAAUCAAAGUGAGUAAUGGGCCAUGACUUCAAGGUAGAUGCCCUGAUCAAACCCCGUUGGUUAGUAAAUAAGGUAGCAGAAGCACUCUUGUUUUCGCAACAAAUCUAACCUCUCACAUUUAAACACAGAGAAGCCUGUACAGUACAUACUAAAGAACACAAGGAGAUGUGAAUUCGGUUAGCAUAGCGUCAUGAAGUUCAUCUUUAGGCUUGUGGAGAGAGAUUCGAAUAAUAUUUUCUCUUCCACUUGAUAUAUAUAAUUUGUUAAUACUUUUAUGUAAUAAUAUCUCCUAACUUUAGUAGUCAAACAAAAAAAAUCUCCUAACUUUAUUUGAAGUUUUUUUUAUCACAUUUCGUUGCAAGAGAUUUAUAUGAUUGUAAUCUUCUUAUGUUUCAAAUCAAUUCAAUUAAUGUACUAUAUAUGGUGGUCCUGGACAACAUAAGUCUUCAAAAGGUUGUGUCCUUAGUGACUAAGUAGUGACUAACCGAUUAAUGCAAACAUACUGUGUUUCUCUUCCAACGUCGUUAAAAUUUUUUUCGCACGAGGUGGAGAAAUUACAUGUAGCUCUCAUAUGGAUCACUACGUUACACGUGCAAUAGAUUCAGCCGCGAAUCUCCCUAAUUGAGAUUCUGCUACCAUUAUCAAGAAAUAUUAUGUAGGGAUUCGUCGUCGGUUCAGAAAAAAAGGUGGUUUUGUUUGCUUAACCUCCAAUCUCCUCAGCUCUAUCACGAUUUUAAGCCGUCUUAUACGCAAGAGAGACGAAUAUUUUUAUUUCACAUAUAAUAAUAAAUAAUAUCAAAACUAGCAAGACAAUAACCAAGAGAUUAAGGAAUCACUUAGACAUUUACGUAUUAGUUACACAUGAGAUAUUCUAAAAUGCAAGUCCCUUAGACUCGGCGCCGUUAUCUUGGCACCAUCUGCCUCACACCCGCUUCUUUUAUCUCUUUUUUUUUCCUUCUAAAUCGCAAUCCUCAAAACCCUUACCUAACUAAACUAAAAAUUACCUAACUAACCACCCUAAUAUCAAGAUCCAAGAUUCAAGACAUUUAUCCAUCUCUAACUGUACAUGUAACGCCAAAAUCCAACAUACACACAUACACUCCUUUACUAUGGUAAAAGAUUAGUAUCUAUAUAACCGAUCCUGAAAUUUUAAAAAUUAAAUCCUACAAUGACAAAAAGAUAACACAUUAUCAAGUCAUGAGUUGCAUACUAAAUGUAAUUAAUUCCAAAUGUCAGUUCUAUAAAAUAAUAUAAAAAUUAGACCAAAAAAAUAAUAAUAUAAAAAUUAGAAAAAGGGGAAGAAAAGAGUAGUUUCUUUAGCAGUUAAGCUGACUUCCAAAAAGCCAUAAUCCUCGCUCUCAAUCUCAUCAACGCUAUUUGCAUUCUUUGGCUAUAUAUACAUGCUUAUAUUCACAUGAACUAUCAAGCCAUUAGCCAUACCUCAAAAUUGCUCUGAGCUUUGCUUUAGCCAAGCCACUUUUACAAGAAUGGCUUCCCCUUUCUUGUUUGUUUUCCUUCUCUCUGGUCUUUUAGUAAGAAACACCUAUGCUGGUCCCAAUUACAGAGAAGCACUCUCAAAGUCAUUGCUCUUUUUCCAAGGUCAGCGGUCCGGUCGCCUCCCUGGUGACCAAAAACUCUCAUGGAGGUUCAACUCUGGCCUCUCUGAUGGCUCCUCUGCUCAUGUGGAUUUGACUGGAGGGUACUAUGAUGCUGGUGACAACGUGAAGUUCAAUUUCCCUAUGGCCUUCACCACCACCAUGCUCUCCUGGAGCUCUUUGGAGUACGGUAAGAAGAUGGGACCAGAACUUCAGAACGCCCGUGAAGCCAUCCGUUGGGCCACGGACUAUCUACUGAAAUGUGCCAGGGCUACACCCGGGAAGCUUUACGUUGGAGUAGGAGACCCAAACGGUGAUCACAAGUGCUGGGAACGUCCAGAAGAUAUGGACACUCCUCGCACAGUCUACUCUGUGUCACCCUCGAACCCUGGCUCUGAUGUAGCAGCUGAAACCGCUGCUGCUCUAGCAGCUAGCUCCAUGGUUUUCAGGAAAGUUGAUCCCAAGUACUCUCGCUUGCUCCUGGCAACAGCCAAGAAGGUAAUGCAGUUUGCUAUUCAGUACCGUGGCGCUUACAGUGAUUCCCUUUCCUCUGCUGUUUGUCCUUUCUACUGCUCCUACUCUGGCUACAAGGACGAGCUUCUGUGGGGAGGGGCAUGGCUUCUUAGAGCAACCAACAAUCAGUAUUACUUAAACUUUAUUAAAUCCUUGGGAGGUGGAGACCAGCCUGACAUAUUCAGUUGGGACAAUAAGUAUGCUGGUGCUUAUGUUCUUCUCUCACGACGAGCAGUACUAAACAAAGACAACAACUUUGAGGUCUACAAGCAAGCAGCUGAGAAUUUCAUGUGCAAGAUCCUUCCAAACACUCCUUCAUCUUCCACAAAGUACACUAAAGGUGGCUUGAUGUACAAGUUACCUCAGAGCAAUCUACAAUAUGUGACAUCAAUAACAUUCUUGCUUACGACCUACGCUAAAUACAUGAAGUCCACGAAACAGACGUUCAACUGCGGAAACUCUUUCAUCGCUCCCAACGCUCUGAUAAACUUGUCGAAGCUUCAAGUCGAUUACAUCCUCGGUGUGAAUCCGAUGAAAAUGUCUUACAUGGUUGGAUUCGGAUCGAGUUUCCCCAAGAGAAUCCACCAUAGAGGAUCCUCUCUCCCGAGCCGAGCAGUCCGUUCAAAUUCUCUGGGAUGCAGUGGCGGGUUCCAGUCUUUUCGCACACAAAACCCUAACCCUAACAUAUUAGCUGGAGCUAUUGUGGGAGGACCGGAUCGAAACGACCAGUAUCCAGACCAGAGAGAUGAUUACAGCCGGUCUGAACCAGCUACUUACAUAAAUGCGGCAUUUGUCGGACCCUUGGCCUAUUUUGUCGGAAAGUCGCAUUGAAUAGACGGUGUCUGGUCUCUUUGGCUUGAAUGGGCCACUCACUCUUAGUUCAUUGCCUUUUUUUUUCUACAAUUUGAAAAGUCGUUAGAGAUCGGUUAGUCUAAAUCCUACGCGCGAAAAGAAGUGAACGGGUUUGGCUAUUCGAAUGUAAACUGUAAUGGGCUUUUAGUUCCAUGACUAAUCGGACUAUUUAGAAAGCUCAUCUUUGGCUCUUCGCUAGUUGAAGAAUUGGUCAGAUUAUAACUCAGAUGCAAACGAGUUUUAUUUACCUGGUAAAUUAAUCUUCUUCAAGAUUUCAAUAAUUCCCGGAUAUCUGAUUUUAGGUUGACUACGCAAACAUAUUAAACUAGGUGGAUUUCCGCGAUUCAAGGGUUCGAAUGUUUUGCAACAAUAUAUUUAUUAUAAUUUUGUUAAAUAUUUUUCUAAAAAUGAUUGUUUAAAAAAAAAGACUAUUUUAAAUACUUUUUGAUAUUUUGUAUUGAUAAUUAUACUAAAAUUAGUUAUAUAUAAUAUUUAUGAUUCAGUUUUUAAUAAAAUUACUUAAGUUUUGAAGGUAUAUAAUACUGAAACUUUUGAAAUAUUUUAUAAGCUUGUAUAAAUGAUUUAAAACCUCUUAUCAUAAUUUAAAACAUAUUAUGAGAUAAGAUAAAUAAUUUUAUAAAUGUAUUUAUAAUUUUAUAAAUGAGUUAUAAAGCUUGUAUGAAUUUUAUUAGACAUUAAUAGUUAUUAUAAUACUUUAUAUACAAAUAUAAUGCUUUAUAUAAGAAUAUAAAAUCAUUAUAUCAAUAUUAAUAAUUUUUUAUUAUUUUAUGUAGUUUACAAAUAUACAAAAAAUUUAUCAAACAUUAUUAUUCUUUCUAUAGUUUCAACAAAUAGUUACCAUAAAUAAUUAUUUGUAAUAUUAUGUAGAUUUUUGGCAAGUAAAAUUAACUGUUUAUAGACUUAUUUUUUCUAUUAAAUAUUAUUAAAAAUUAAAAAUUAUCGACCAAUCAAUUUAUAAUAAUUUUUUAAGAUUUCAUAAAUGAUCAACACAAAAGCAAAAAUCUCUUAAGCGACUUCUCAAUUAAUAUAUAGUAGGAUAGUAUGAUGAGAUUUUAAAAAAUAUUUUAUAAAGUAAUAUAUAAGCUCUUAUAGAUAACUUACAAACUCUUAUGAUAAUUUAAAAUAUACAAUAAUUUGAUAAAUGUUUUUAUAGAUGAUUUAUAAAGCAUAUAAUAUGAACUU